AAAGGAACAAGCCGAGAGAAAACGGAGGGGAGGAGAAAAAAGACAGGAGCGCAGCGAGGAGGACGUGAACACAGAGGAGAAGAGGACACCGCUGCUUCAGUGAAGCCCUCCUGAUUGGAUGAAGAGAGAGCCACUGACUACCAGUAUGGACGCGCUACAUCCUGGAGUUUCCCACAAUCCUUAGUUCUCACAUCUGCAGCUGAGUCUACUGAACCCUGAACCGUGACCAGCGCUGGUCUGUGACUGACCUCCUGUCAGCUGAUCUGUCUUGUGCCACGAUGAUGUCAGUAGACGUGACCAAUCGUAACGGCCCCACUGCCUCGCCUCCCACCUCCCUCAGCCUCCGUUCCUCACACAACCAGCUGCUGAGCAGCGAUGUCAUCAAACAGGGCUCCGCCACGCCUCCCAAGUGUCGCAAAAAGUAUGCACUCACCAGUAUCCAGGCCGCCAUGGGCCUCGGAGAAGCAGCGCCAUCUUCAUCAUCCCCGUCAUCCCCGUCACAGUCCUUAACCCCCAACAAUCCCAAACUAGCCAAGAACGGAGUGAACCAGCUCCGUAAAGCCGGUCAGGACCACAACAAAAACACAACGGGGCCUGAGCUGACGGACCUGGAGUCAGAAGCAGACGACCUCAAUGUCAACACAGCUGUGGAGGACGACAGUCACACUCUCACCAAUAACGACCGGGAGGAUGAUGUCACUGAGCGAGACGUCGAACUGCACUCAGACUCAAAUGCAGACGCACAGCCUGAGCAAGAACCGGAGACAGACACAGACUGCAACAUUAACACCACUGCGGAGCUCAAACUGAAUGGUAACGAGACAGAUUUGGGUUUUGACUUGAACAUUGAGGCGGAGGAGAGUGACGACAUCAGCAUUCUGUCUGAGAAGGAAAUGAUGUCAAAGAUGAAGAUAGAGGAAGACGGAGAUGAGGUGGUGGAGGAGGAGCAGGAGGACGAGGAGAAGAAGCCUUUACUGAUGAUAAAAAGUGAGUCUCCUGUGAAGAACCACAAAGUUCCCGCAGGCCUGGAGCUCAUCUCUGACCUCCACUCCAACCUCAAGCUCCUCAAAUCAAGCAAGGACUCUCCGGUGCCGCCUCCUCCCUCUCCGCCUAAGCAAGCCAGCCCAGAGGACACACCCCUGCUCUCUGUGGCCUCCUGCUCCUCGUCCUCCUCCUCCUCCCCAGAGACCAAGAAGGACAGACGGACUGGGGCAAAGACAGACUGUGCUUUGAACCGCAUCCAGAAUCUGAACCCCAGUGAUGAGGAGUUGAGUUGGACAACGCUGUCCCAGGAGAGCAACUCCCCAGAGGAGACAGAUAUCUGGAGUGAGCAGUCAUUCCAGACAGACCCUGACCUGCCUCCAGGAUGGAAGAAGAUCACAGACAUGGCUGGUAUCUACUACUGGCACAUUCCUACAGGCACCACCCAGUGGGAGAGGCCUGCCACCCGCCCAGCACCCCCUGGACAGACCGAGUCCCAGGCCCUGGGCGACCACACAGCCUCCACACCACGUAAACACUCCCUGGGCUCACUCAGCCCCUCACCUACUCCUGACCACGAGUCAUGCCAGGCAGAGAUCUUCUUCAGGUCUUCAACUCGUUCGGGCAGCACCACCUCUGACAGCUCAGUGGAGCCUCUCUCCACUCACGAGCCCACCCUCACCACAUGUGGAUUUGUCAACAGCUGCUACUUUCCUCGUUCCUCUUCUCUGCAAGGGAUGCCCGAUCCAGAGAGUCGCUCUCAGCAUCUUGAAGAUGAGGACAAGAAGCAGGUGUGGAGUGAUUUUGGCGGAAAGAUUGAUAGUGAAGUGUGGAAGGACCUGCAGGCAGCCACGGUGAACCCCGACCCCAGUCUGAAGGAGUUUGAGGGUGCUACACUUCGCUACGCAUCGCUCAAGCUAAGGAACCGUCCAGCAGUGGAAGAAGAGGAGUCCAGCAGUGUCAGCAGUGACCCUGAAACAAAGUGUUUUGCAGUACGGUCUUUGGGAUGGGUGGAAAUGGCCGAGGAGGACUUGGCUCCUGGAAAGAGCAGCGUCGCCGUAAACAACUGCAUCCGACAGCUGUCCUACUGCAAGAAUGACAUCCGAGACACUGUCGGCAUCUGGGGAGAGGGGAAGGACAUGUACCUGGUGCUGGAGAAUAAUAUGUUGAACCUGGUUGACCCAAUGGACCGCAGUGUGCUUCACUCUCAGCCAAUCGCCAGCAUCCGGGUCUGGGGUGUUGGCCGGGAUAAUGGCAGGGACUUUGCAUAUGUGGCGCGGGAUAAAAACACCAGGAUCCUGAAAUGUCAUGUGUUCCGCUGUGACACGCCAGCCAAAGCCAUCGCCACCAGCCUGCAUGAGAUCUGCUCCCGGAUCAUGACAGAGCGAAAGAAUGCCAAAGCGAUGGCAGGAGGCUCUCUCCAGGACAGGAUGCAGGCAGGACUAGAUCUCCCUUUACAAGCAGAGUUCCCCACACCAAAGACGGAGCUGGUUCAGAAGUUUCAGGUGCUCUACCUUGGGAUGCUGCCAGUGGCCAGACCAAUAGGCAUGGACAUACUGAAUGGAGCUAUAGACAGUCUGAUCGGGUCUUCCAGCAGAGAGGACUGGACUCCGGUAGCCCUCAAUGUGGCAGAUGCUACUGUCACCAUCAGCAAAGACAAGGAUGAAGAGGAAGUGCUGGUGGAGUGUCGUGUUCGGUUCCUGUCCUUCAUGGGCGUCGGGAGGGACGUGCACACGUUUGCCUUUGUCAUGGAUGCCGGCGGCCAUCGUUUCGACUGUCACGUGUUCUGGUGCGAGCCCAACGCUGGGAAUGUGUCAGAGGCUGUACAGGCAGCUUGUAUGCUGCGCUAUCAGAAGUGUUUGGUGGCUCGACCUCCCUCCCAGAAGGCCUGCGGCUCGUCGCCUCCUGGCGACUCUGUGUCCCGCCGGGUCUCAACCAGCGUGAAGCGCGGCGUCCUUUCUCUCAUCGACACCCUCAAACAAAAAAGACCCGUCACCGAGUUGCCGCAGUAACCACAGUCAAGCGACUCCCUGCCACCCCCACACCCCCACACCCCACACCCCCACAGUCACCAGGUAACUCGUCGCAUCGCUGCCAAAACCCCGUCACAAUUCCUUCUGGACUAAAAAUUUCACCUCCAGAGUUUGUCGGCUCCGGAGCAGAAAUCCUCAAGAGAACUGAGCUGAAUAAAGACUCGACAUCAGGAAGGAACAACCACAGAGAGACACCUCACAGGUGAUCGUGUACAUAGAAGUAACUCUCAUCCCCCUCGGCACAGAGAAGUAGCGAGGAGACAAGAGCAAAAACUGAAGAAGUAGGAAGUGCUCCUUCCAGCGCGGCACGCGUGAUGAGCGAGCUCAUUGCUGCCCAAACUGCUCAUCUCUCCAUGCUCUAAAUGUAUUUGUGUCUGUGCCUGUGCUGCCAGCAUGACCUUGCACUCCUGGCUAAACCCCCUCCUGUCAUACAACUGUUAGUCUGUAGUGGCUUUCCCCCCCUCUGUCCCUCAGUGUCCUCUGUAGACUGAGUGAAAUGGAAGGAAUCAUGAAAGCCAUUGUGUCUGAUUGUCAGGUCAGAACGAAAGAAGGAAGCUGCUACAGACUGGGGAGAUUUGGCCGUCAGUCUACGCUCUCUAACCUGUUACCUGCAUGAACUUUUUAUAUCGAAGUCUAGACAAAAUCAAUCCACUGCUGCUGCUUACAGAAGGGGUGAGAAAUCCGAAGCCACAUUGUGUUUCCCGUCUUCUUAUUUCUGUUUCUGCAAGAAUCAGCCUGGAGGGUCUGAACGAGCGGUGACCUUUCACCCGAAAACAUCCCUCAUAUACUUCCUGUUUACUUGUUUUUAUUCUUCCGUUAUCCCUCGGAAAACGACAGAUAGCCAUAAAGGAGGAGGAGGAGGAGCUGCCGGGACGGACAGAGCCCUCCCUCCUCUGCUCCCCCUGCUCUCUGGUAAACAGCACCAGACAUCAGCAUGCUGCUGCCGCUCUUUGAUACACAUGCUGGAGGAAAUUUGACGGAUUCUCCUUUAAAUCCCACCUCAGUAUGAGUCCUCGGAGACUUCGUGUUCACUAAUAAAAGGAGGCUUAGCAACACAAGAAAGGCCGGAGGAAUUGUACAAAGAAGAGAGCUGGAGGAAUGUGUUUUUGUUGGUGGGUGUGGAGGCAGCUGAGAUCUGACCCUGUGAGGAGGAGACAGACGGGUUUCAUCUCCAGCCCCCAACAGAGAGACAUGUUGACUCAAUCUAACAGGACUUUCCUGGGCUGCUAUCUUCUCUGUCUCCGGGGUUCUGUUCACUUGAAUGCGCCCUCUCUCUUUCUCAUCGCCUACUCUGUUACUGUACAACUGUUUUCAUCAGUGCCACGGCAAUACUUGUUUUCUGUCGUUUUUCUCACAAUCUCAGUUCAACACUGCUGGCUCCCGAUCGUCACACAUCUGAGCAGCUUGGAUAUAUGGUAAUAGCCUAGACGUUUACUGCAACUAAAAUUAUAAACAUAUUCUACCCCGGGGCAAUUCUCUUAGAUGUAAGGCUGCAGAUUAGGACCUCUGUAACUGACCAGACAUCGACUGUCUGAUCACAUUUUGGUCAGCCACAUGUUGUGGAGGUGGUGUGAAGACUAAUAGUCAGUAUGUAAACAACUUGGAGUGGGUUUUUAUAUAUAUAUAUGUAUAGAAUAUAUAUAUAAUACCACCUUUCCAAAACUAACAUCGGUGAGAGUGAAUGGACUUGAUUACUUGUUUUUCUGCCAUAAUCUGAGCUGUAGUAAUUAGCAUGUCAGGAUAACUAGCUUACUGUAGAUAUAUUUUGGGGGUUCACAAGUUUUGUUUAAAAAAAACGGUCUACAUUGCAAUACAAAAACACAGUUUCCUUAUUUUCAUGUCUUCUAAAUGAACCAUCAACUGCUGAGGAGGUGCUUGUCUGCAACCGAGAAGCAAACCUCAGGAGCUGAAUAGUCAAGUCAGUGUGCAAGUGCCAAAAACUGCGGUUCCUCUAAUAGCCACUUGAGGCUGACUCCAAAAGUAAGUCAGUCCCCAUAGACCCCCAUGUUAAAAUGCCUGACUUCACAGCAGAAAUAAACAUGUUUACAGCCUGCUACAACAAAAUAGCUAAUUUUCCCGUCCAUGACAACUGUGUGAAGGUGAAUCUGUUUAUAACUCACUUAUUUAAGUGUUAUUAAGGCUUAAAGUUAUGCAUCAUUCAUGAGGGGUUUCCAAAUAUGGUCACUUUUGGCUCCUAAGAAUCAAGGUAGCGACAGCCAAAAUGCCAAACUUGAGGCUCUGAAGCUAAAAUGUCCAGGAUAAGGCCACCGCCAUCUUGCGCUGGUGACGUCAUUUGGAGCCAGAGUCUGUGCAGUAGCAAUAUUCGCGCUGGAGAAAGUUCUUGACAAAAGACCUGUCCGACCAAUCACGAGCAGCUCCAUUGAAUUAGAGCACAUGCAUUGACUGUCACAGCUGUCAAUCAUGGCA